UCAGAAAGCGAACAUUGCGAAAGUAAAUUUUAAGAGUGAAAACUUUGUUGUUGACUUUAUUUUUUCAAUUCAAAUCGCGAUUGCAAGACUGUGCGUUGACCAUCUGGCAACGCUGUCCCGACCAGGUUUGCCUUCGAUUGUGUGGUGUGCCACUAGCGCGCGACGCGCCUCAACGCUCCGAAAAUUUCGGAAAUUUCGGAAUUAGUUGUGUUUUUAAAAGAAGUUUCGAGGACCGCAACGCAUCGACCAUGACGAUGUGCGUGUUGUGUCGCAGCAGCGAAAAUGAGGAGUUGGCCUUCGGGCCCGUCCUUUCGGAGGGAAGGAUAACGGUGCACCGCAACUGUCUGUACCUGAGCUCCAAUCUCGUCCAGCGCGGCAACCAGCGCCACGGCAUCCUACGCUUCCUCGAGGAGGACAUCCUGGCGGAGGCGAAGCGCUGCCGGCCGCUCACCUGCUGCUACUGCCACCGCGCAGGGGCCAACAUCGGGUGCUGCAAGAACGGAUGCCGGCGCACCUUCCACACCAAGUGCGGCAUCAGCAACCUGGCGCAGAACCAAUUCCGCGACACCUUCAAGUCCUAUUGCCACCAGCAUGUGCGCCGCAAUCGCCAGCGUCCGCCGUCGGAGGCGGAGAACUGCAUCAUCUGCCAGGAGCUGCUGGUCGCCGAGGGAGGUCGCUUCAGCGUGGUGACCUGCCUCACCUCGCCGUGCUGCCGCAACGGCUGGUUCCACCGCAACUGCCUGCAGGAAUACGCCAACACCGCCGGCUACUUCUUCAAGUGCCCCCUGUGCAACAACUCGAAGGAGUUCCACGACGUGGCCCUGAUGGGCAUCUCGGUGUCGAAUCAGGACGCCAGCUGGGAGACCGAGCCAAAUGCCUUUGCAGAGCAACUGCUGCGCGAUCAGGCCUGCACGGCCGUUUUCUGCAGACAAGCUGCGGGGCGACUCGGCGACGUUGGGUCGCUGCUGUACUGCAACCUCUGCGGCUCCAAUCCAGUGCACUGCUACUGCACCAACCCCGUCGACGGCGACUAUGUCUGCGGCGUCUGCUCGGUGGUCUCGCCCGUGGUCUCGCCCGUCACCCGGCCUCCCACCCCGGCCGUGGUAACGGCUGACGAGGACAAUACCGACAGCGACGACUUCGAGUUGAUUGCCCAAUUCCCCCAACUCCGCGCGAUCGUGUCCAGGAGCCAGCUGAGCGGUGGAAACGACGACAGCGCCAUGAACAACACACGCGAUCCCGUCCACUCCAAGCUGAGCGCCUCCGUCUGGGAUGAUUCCGACACCGAGGACGACGAGGACGUGUUCCGCCGCGUGGUCGAGAUCGAGGAGCAGAGUCGGGCGACCGGGAGGGCCAAUGAGGAGCCCUCCACCUCUGGGGCCAGUGAAACGCCUGUCCAGCCACUUGCUGGAAUUGGGCUGGCCAAUGUUGUAGUCUCAGCGUCACCAAGAUCCGUCCCAAGCCCGCCGGGAACUUCUGCAGCCACUGCACUUGGACGCAGAACCAGCUCUACUUUGGCAACAGCAUCGUCUGGCUCUGAAAAGGUGUCACCUCCACGUCCACGUGCAGGACGCAGAUCCAGCUCUACUUUGGCAACAGCAUCGUCUGGCUCUGAAAAGGUGUCACCUCCACGUCCACGUGCAGGACGCAGAUCAGCAGCCAGAUCAACAGCAACAUCGGGAGCUGAACCGCGUCGCAGCAGCGCCAGACUGCAGGCACUGGAAAACCAGGAGAACGCCAAGCCAGAAAAGGAGGCCUCACCUGCUGGCUGCUCCUCCUCCAACGCCGCUGCUCCCACUCGGCGUUCCCUUCGCUCGCGGCGCACGCUGCCAGCCAGGAUGCCUGAGCCAGGGCAAAAGGAAUCUGAUACAAGUAAAGAGCGCGAGCCCAAGAAGCGCCGUGUGUCUCCUGCGCCAGCUGCACGGCCAACAGGCAGGCGCCCCCUGCGCCCCUUGACGCCAGAGGCCACCGCCAGUCGCUCCAAUGGGCGGACACUGCGUCGCAGGACUGUGGCCGCUCCCAAUUCCAGUCAACCCCAACUGGGCAACCUGGACGUGUCCUGCGUGGCCAACAGAACCCGCCAGCGCCUCCCUGCCCACCUGGCCAGCCGCAAGUAAUUCCGGAUCGGUCCGAGAGAUAGCUUACAUUCCAUGUACAGCACACUGACCAGGCUGCGGAUCCGAAUGCGUGCGUUUGAUCCACAGCUGAGCUUCUAUUUUUAAUUUUACGACUGACCAUAGAAAACCAUUCAAUAUACUUUAAAAACCAGAUCUGACUGCAUUAUAGGUAUCUAUAGGCAUGGACCUUAUAAGUUAUUCAAUAAAAACUACGUUGUAUUAUACAA